ACAAAUCAAUGGUAGUGGUGGUGAACUUGAGGGGGCAGGGGAGGAGGUAGGUUUGGUUUGGGGUUUGGGGGAGGGGGAGGGGGAGGGGAUGCCGGAGCUGCCGGAGGUGGAGGCGGCGAGGAGGGCGCUGGAGGCGCACUGCGUGGGGAGGAGGAUCGCGCGCUGCGCGGUGGCGGAUGACCCCAAGGUGGUGGUCGCCGCCGCCGGGGGGCGCGUGGCGUUCGAGCGCGCCAUGGUCGGCCGGACCAUCGUCGCCGCGCGGCGGAGGGGCAAGAACCUCUGGCUCCGCCUCGACGCCCCUCCAUUCCCCUCCUUCCAGUUCGGGAUGGCAGGUGCGAUCUACAUUAAGGGAGUUCCUGUGACCAAGUACAAGAGAUCAGUUGUCAGUUCUACAGACGAGUGGCCCUCCAAGUACUCCAAAUUUUUUGUUCAACUUGAUGAUGGCUUAGAGUUUUCCUUCACUGAUAAGAGGCGGUUUGCAAGAGUUCGGUUGUUUGAAGAUCCCGAAACUGUACCCCCGAUUUCUGAGUUAGGACCAGAUGCUCUCUUUGAGCCGAUGUCUUCUGACAGUUUUGCGGACUCGCUGAGCAGAAAGAAGAUUGGAAUAAAAGCUCUUCUACUCGAUCAGAGCUUCAUAUCAGGAAUUGGUAAUUGGAUUGCAGAUGAGGUGCUUUACCAGUCGAGAACCCAUCCAUUACAGAUUGCUUCAAGUCUAUCCAGGGAGAGUUGUGAAGCACUACACCAAAGCAUCCAAGAGGUUGUGAAAUAUGCUGUUGAAGUUGAUGCUGAUUGUGACUGCUUUCCUGUGGAAUGGUUAUUCCAUCACCGAUGGGGCAAGAAGCCUGGUAAAGUCAAUGGACAGAAAAUUGAGUUCAUAACAGCUGGUGGCAGGACUACAGCAUACGUGCCACAACUGCAGAAGCUGACUGGAAUGCAAUCUAGCAAAGUAGUCAUUGCUAACCCAGAACAAGUGGCAGAGAACGAUGAUGCGAAGGAAAUAGACACAGAUCCAGAAGAUGCUGAUAAUUUGAAUACAAAGAAGCGAGGAGCAACUUCUAGGGUUGCCAGGGGAAAGCAAAAGAGAGAUGCCAUAGGUGCCCUUUCCAGAAAGACAAGGAAAAAUGGUGGUGGCAAGGAGAAACCAGGUAGUGACUAUAGUGAAGAUGAUGGUGAGACUGCUGAACCAAACAAAGUUAGCACCAGUAGCAAGGGCGAGAAGGCAGAUCCGGUGAGAAGAUCAUCAAGGACCGCAUCGAAACCCCGCCAGGUAAAUAAAUUAAAAGAAAGAUAGCAAGAGAUGAAGAGACUCGCUGAUGUUCGCAAAGAUCAUUUUGGUGUGUGUAUAGCUUUAGCUUUAGAUGCUCUCCGAUGGCCAUAUUGGUGAAAUCCUUGUAGCCUUGAUUAGUGAGUUCUUUUCUCUGUGUCUUGUGCGCUACUGUACCAGAUUAUUCAAAGAUGCCCUCUUGGAAAUUGGAAGGUGUAAUCGUUCCAUACUGGGCAAAACAUAUGCUUCUCCUGUGCAACAUGAACAAUGACAUAUCUAGGCUAUGUUGCUCGUGUCAAACCACCACCUAGGUUAUCUUUUUUUAUUUUUUUUUAAGACGGAAGAAGUAAGGAUGAAUGUAUACACACAUGCUUGUCUAUCAUUCUUAAGAUUUGAGUCUCUUGGGGACAGAGAGUAAUCCAUAGAUUUAACUCAA